CUUGGGGCGGCCCUGGCUCCAGGCAGGAGGUCGUCUGCGGUGGACGAGUCGUGCCAGUCCCUCCUGUCCCACUCGGACAUCAGCUACGACCGCACUGAGGAUGACGUGGAUGUUGAUAUGACGGUGGUGCGGACCCUGAAGCGCAAAGCCCAGGAGAGGCAGCGUGUGUCCCUGGCCCCUCAGAUUGGCCCCGUGGUGGUGGCGAAGCGGCACCGGUCUUCUGUGGCACCCCACAACACUGCGAGUUUUCCCCCCGUGCCCCCUCCUGACGAGGUCCCGGGCCCUGCCGGCAGCCUCCUGCCUGCUGCUUUGGUGCCACGAUGCUGCUCUCGCCAGGGACACCGUGUCUCCACAUGUGCAGAGCUGACCAUGGUGUGGGGCACCAGCAAGGAUCCGGGCUGCCGUGCCCCGGGGCAGGAGAGCCACACGGAGGGUGGCUCUGCAGGGCAGCCAGUGCCAGCCCCCUUCCCCUCGCCUCCACGGGGCCCCCCACUGCUCCAGCACCAGUUCACCUCCAAAACGGUGAUCCGCCCCGAGCCGUGCGGCGUCUGCGGCUCCCGCAUCCGCUUUGGGGAAGCUCCCGCCCUCGGCAGUGUGGCCGACAUCCAUGUGGUGUGCGGAGUGCUCAAGGACUUUCUGCGGGGGCUCAAGGAGCCGCUGGUCACCUUCAGCCUCCACCCUGCUUUCCUGCGGGCUGCCGACAUCCCGGACGAUGCCGCCUGCGCCACAGCCCUGCGCCAUGUGGUGAGCAAGCUGCCCCCGGCCAACAGGGACACCCUGGCCUUCCUCAUGCUGCACCUGCUCAGGGUGUCACGCAGCCCCGACUGCAAGAUGGAUGUCCUCAACCUGUCCCGCAUAUUUGGUCCCACGCUGGUGGGACACGGCUCGGCCAACCCCACACCGCUCGCCAUCAUGGAGGACACGCCGCGGCAGUGCAAGGUGGUGGCUCGGCUCCUCUCGCUGCCACCUGACUUCUGGAGAGGCUUUGUGGGGACAGAGCAGGAGAACCUGGUGCCGACACCAGCCCCGGGGGGCAAAUGCGAGCCGUUCUUCUGCCCCGUCACCUCCCCGGAGCCUAAGCCGGGCCAGCUGAGCCCAGCCGGCACCUGCUGCCUCCCCAGCACCCUGCGGAGCUGCGUGGGCACGGCCGCCCGGCCCCCGCAGGGGCUGGCCCCAAAGAAGGUGGGUCGGUUCUUCCCUUCUCCCGUGUAG